GGGGGACUCGGAGGGGAAACAGCGUGGCAGAGAGGGGGACUCGGAGGGGGAAGAACCGGUGGUCUGACUGCUGGUAGCGGUCAGUAAACGCUGCGUGUGAACCGCGGAGACGUGGCAGGGUGGCGGCUUAUGAGCAAGGCCUGUUAGCAUUUCUGGCCACCGGGCAGGGGUUAUAUCUGUUCCCCUGUUUGUCAGACCUAGCUGAGCUACACUAAACCGAUCCAAGCUAAGCUAAACCGAGCUAAGCUAAGCUAAGCUACACCCAGCGCCAUGGCGGCUCGGCUCUCAGAUUUAUCCGCCAACGGGCGCAUCAUGGCCGGCCUGCUGGUCAACCUGCUGUCGUCCAUCUGCAUCGUGUUCAUCAACAAGUGGAUUUACGUUCACUACGGCUUUCCCAACAUGACUCUGACCCUCAUCCACUUCCUGCUCACCUGGCUGGGGCUGUUUGUGUGCCACAAGAUGGACAUGUUCUCUCCCAAAAGUCUCCAGCUGAGGAAAAUAAUAUUCCUGGCUCUGAGUUUUUGUGGAUUUGUGGUUUUUACUAAUCUGUCUUUACAGAACAACAGCAUUGGAACAUAUCAGCUGGCCAAGGCCAUGACCACCCCCGUCAUUAUCGUGAUCCAGACCUCCUUCUACAACAAGACCUUCUCGUCCAAGAUCAAACUCACUCUGGUACCUUUCUCUGCAUCCGUACGGUGUGGUUGAAUUUCCUACUAUGACGUCCGCUUUAACCUGCCGGGGUUGUUGUUUGCAUCGCUGGGCGUUCUGGUGACAUCGCUGUACCAAGUGUGGGUCGGGGCAAAGCAACAUGAGCUCCAGGUUAACUCCAUGCAGCUGCUGUACUACCAGGCUCCUGUGUCUUCGGCUGUUCUGCUGUGUUUGGUUCCCUGCUUUGAGCCUCUGACUGGAGACGGAGGAAUCUUUGGUCCCUGGUCCCUCUCCGCUCUGGUGAUGGUGCUGUUUUCGGGUGUAGUGGCAUUUCUGGUCAACCUGUCAAUCUACUGGAUCAUCGGAAACACGUCUGCUGUCACGUAUAACAUGUUUGGACACUUCAAGUUCUGCAUCACUCUGAUUGGAGGAUACCUGCUCUUCCAAGACCCGCUGUCACUCAACCAGGCUCUGGGGAUUCUCUGUACGCUGUUUGGGAUUCUGACAUACACUCAUCUCAAACUGGCGGAGCAGGAGGCGGGCCGAAGCCGCCUGGCUCAGAGGCCAUAAGCUCCCCCAGCUGCCAAUCACCUGCAGGAGGCGGGCCGCGGCCGCCUGGCUCAGAGGCCAUACGCUCCCCCAGCUGUCAAUCACCUGCAGGCUCUCUGCUGUUGGCUAGAUUCACACAGAACACAGCUGGUGCUGUCUCAUUCACAAUGAAUCAGCUGCGUGUAUGUGUGUAUGAGAGAGAGAGAGAGAGAGAGAGAGAGAGAGAGAGAGAGAGAGAGAGAGAGAGAGAGAGAGAGAGAGAGAGAGAGAGAGAGAGAGAGAGAGAGAGAGAGAGAGAGAGAGAGAGAGAGAGAGAGAGAGAGAGAGAGAGAGAGAGAGAGAGAGAGAGAGAGAGAGAGAGAGAGAGAAGUGAAUGCUCCUGACAGGUCCAGUCUGGGUCCAUCGGCCUGGUCCAGGAAGACCAGCAGCUUGAACAGAUGUGAUUUGAUGUGGUUUAAUUUCAUGAAUGGCGUUUUUUUACUCGCUGCUGUCAAAUAAACGGUG